AUGGACAGGAGCUCGUUGCUGCAGCUUAUCCAGGAGCAGCAGCUGGACCCUGAGCACACAGGUUUCAUCGGUGCGGACACCUUCACCGGCCUGGUGCACAGCCAUGAGCUGCCCCUGGACCCGGCCAAGCUGGACAUGCUGGUGGCCUUGGCCCAGAGCAACGAGCGGGGCCAGGUCUGCUACCAGGAGCUGGUGGACCUGAUCAGCAGUAAACGCUCAAGCAGCUUUAAGCGGGCCAUCGCCAAUGGACAGAGGGCACUGCCCCGGGACGGGCUGCUGGAUGAGCCAGGCCUGGGUGUCUACAAGCGGUUUGUGCGCUACGUUGCCUACGAGAUCCUGCCUCGAGAGGUGGACCGCCACUGGUACUUUUACAGACACCGCAGCUGCCCACCCCCCGUGUUUAUGGCCUCAGUCACCCUUGCCCAGAUCAUCGUGUUCCUGUGCUACGGGGCUCGUCUCAACAAGUGGGUGCUGCAGACCUACCACCCUGAGUACAUGAAGAGCCCCCUUGUGUACCACCCUGGCCACCGCGCUCGAGCCUGGCGCUUCCUCACCUAUAUGUUCAUGCAUGUUGGCCUGGAGCAACUAGGGUUCAACGCGCUCCUGCAGCUGAUGAUUGGGGUGCCCCUGGAGAUGGUGCAUGGUCUGCUCCGCAUCAGCCUGCUCUACCUGGCCGGUGUGCUGGCAGGCUCCCUGACUGUCUCCAUUACCGACAUGCGGGCCCCUGUGGUGGGGGGCUCUGGUGGGGUCUACGCCCUGUGCUCGGCACACCUGGCCAACGUCGUCAUGAACUGGGCUGGGAUGAGGUGUCCCUACAAGCUGCUGAGGAUGGUGCUGGCCUUGGUGUGCAUGAGUUCCGAGGUGGGCCGGGCCGUGUGGCUCCGCUUUUCCCCACCACUGCCUGCCUCAGGCCCCCAGCCCAGUUUCAUGGCACACCUGGCAGGUGCAGUGGUAGGGGUCAGCAUGGGUCUGACCAUCCUGCGCAGCUAUGAGGAACGCCUGCAGGACCAGUGUGGCUGGUGGGUGGUGCUGCUCGCCUAUGGCACUUUCCUGCUUUUUGCCAUCUUCUGGAACAUCUUCGCCUACGACCUGCUGGGCGCCCACAUCCCUCCACCACCCUGAUGGGCUUCCCAGGGCCACACGGGCCAGGGCACAGGUGUAUGUGGGCUGGCCACCAGGCGAGUCUGCAUGUCCACCCUCUGUGAAUGUACAUCUCAAGACUGCUUCUCCUCUGUGGGGGCUAGGCAGCCCCUGUAACUCACUGAGUCCAGGCCAAGCCUUACAUCAGCCCUGGCCGCCCCCUCCCAGGCAUGGGGAGGUAGGACUGCCUAGCCAGGCAGGGGAGGUCCCCAGGUGUGGCCCCAGAGGAGACCCUGCCCUGGCCUCUCCCCCACGAUUUGCGGUCUGAGCCUUUUUGGAGAAUGAAUAAAUAUUUUAC